CACCGGGGCCAUAAAGGGCGUGGUCCUCCGUGCAGUUGCAAUACUGGGUCUCGGGUUUCCCGUUACAAAUCGGAUAUAUGACCGAGUCUCCACUCCCGUUAGGUGCAGCGUUAAACCCCCAUUUCACAUGCCAUAGGGCCGUUGAUGGUAGCAUAUGACAUCAGAGCACGUGAUCGACAGCUGGUUGUAAAACCAAUGAAGGAAAUUGUCGUUUACCUUUCUGUUGGACCUUGACUCCAACAGGAGUAGUUCAAAAGCUUUACGUUGGAUUUACGGUUUAAGAUAUACUCUAUAAACCAUGAACUUCAUAUUGCUGGUCGCAGUGCUAUACUUCAUACACGAAGGGGAAGCAAAUAUUCCACCUAUCAUCACUGUACAGAGCACCGUACAGGUGUCGGAAGACACGCCCAAUGGUUCCGUCCUGUUCAACAUAAGCGCCAUGGACGAUGACAGGCCGCCUGUACUGGACAUCAGAUCGGCUGAAGUCAGUCAUAUCGUCAGACUGGAGGACAAUACAGUCAACGGCAACGUUAGACACGCGUCGGUGGUACUAAACAAUCCACUCGACAGAGAAACGGAUGGUUCCACAAAGGCUCUUAUAUUCUUUGCCUCGGACGGCAUAUAUGAGGUGUCCGCGAGGGUCACCCUCAUCAUCAUGGACGUGAACGACGAGAAACCGGUGUUCACCGAGCCCGGCUACAGGAUCACCGUGAUGGAGUCUGCUGCAAUAGGUACAACAACUACAACAGUUACAGCAGUGGACCCUGAUUCGGGAAUUGGAGGUCAGGUGUACUAUGGUUUGAAGGCCAAGGGCCAGAACGCCGAUGACUAUAUAUACACGUUCUAUGUGGAUCCAAGGCAUGGCCAUAUUAUCCAGAAUGAAAGUCUGGACUACGAGAAAAGGACUUUCUAUCAAUACGACGUCCAUGCAUGGGACGCCAACCCAGAUGAGUCUCUUGGCGGGAACCAUGCUGAACCAGUCGACUUCUUCGUCACCGUGCAAGAUGUCCAGGACACUCCUCCCGUCUUUACGAACCUGCCGUACAUACGACAAAUUUAUGAGAACGCCACACUCGGCACUUCUGUUCUGCUUGUACAAGCCUUUGACGGGGACAUAGGCGUCCCGAAUGAUCUCAAUUACUGGAUUGUACAUGACAACGCCGCCUACACCGACAACUUCACCAUGAACAAUGACAGCGGCCUCAUCAAAACGGCACUACCACUUGACACUGACUCUGACGAUAUGAAACAGAAGGGUGGAGUCUUAUCAUUCCAAGUUAAUGCGUCAGAGAUCGUCACUGACAACCAGACCCAAGGAGAAGAUACCAGUACCGUCACUCACGUCACCGUCACCAUCCUCGACGUCAACGACAACUCCCCAGAGUUCUCCUCCAGCCUCAUUAACGCUACUGUUCUAGAAAACACCCCUGUUGGAGUCCCCCUCGGCAUAGAAGGCGUCAUAGAGGUGAAGGACAUUGACAUGACCGUGGACAACAAUAUGUUCGUGCUGUCUGUAGAGCAGAACGGAUCACCAUAUAUGGACUUCGACACAAUCCCGGGAAGAGGUGAACAGGUGUCCAGAACAAACGUCAUGCUACGUGUGAACAACACACAGGUCCUGGACUAUGAACAACAUGACAGCAUCAGCUUCCAGAUUGUGGCGAGAGAAAGCAGGACCGAUGAGAAGCGGUCGAGCACCGUAAACGUCCUCGUGCACAUCAUCGACACGAACGACAACUCCCCGGUGUUCAACGACACCUACAACUUCAACAUCUCGGAGGACGCCCUCCCGGGGGAGAUAGUUGGGAAUGUGACUGCAACCGACUCCGACAGUGGGGACUUUGGCAAAGUCUUCUAUCUGAUGGAAGAUGAGAACGCUGAUUUCAACGUUUCCAAAGCGAAUGGUGUUAUAACCGUUGCAACUAAACUGGAUCGGGAAACAAAGUCGUCGUACUCGUUGUUGGUGAUGGCGUACGACAACGAAGCUGAUGUUAACGGACGACGUUCAGGACAGACACGGGUAGAAAUACGCCUGAACGACGUUAACGAUAACCAUCCAGAGUUUGAGCCUAAACCUGUGGCAACUCCGAUUGCUGAGAACAUAGACAACGGUACCAUCGUCACUACCGUGUCUGCAAGGGACGCCGACGAAGGCAUGAACUCCCAGAUCGAAUACUACAUCGCCGACGGGGGUAACCUUACAGGCUUGUUUAACGUUGACAACGGUACUGGUGAAGUUGCAGUAGUCGAAUCACUGAUCGGCUUCACGGGGACUCGUGUGUUGACUGUGGGAGCCAGAGACAAGGGGGAACCUCCAUUGAAUGGGACGCUGCAGAUUGUGUUCAGCGUCAAGGAUGUCAAUCUCCAUCCUCCUAACUUCACCCAUCCGGGCGGGAACUACAACACAAGCAACCCAUUUAUACUUGAAGUCAAUGAGGAGCAACCCCUGGGCUCUGAGAUGUUCAUCCUGGAAGCUGAUGACGAAGACAAUGGAGUUAACGGCCAGGUCGCCUACAGGAUCGAACCUUCUCGGGGAGACGAUUGGACUUUCUUCUUUCUUGAUACCAUCUCCGGCAAUUUGUCCAACACUAAAAUACUUGACCGAGAAACAAGACCAACUUUCACAAUCGAUGUGUCUGCACAAGACCAGGGAACGCCGGUACUGAAGACCACGCUGUCGUUGAUGGUGAGGUUACUAGACAUCGAUGACAAUGACCCAUAUUUCCCCAACAGAAAUCAUGAUAUCACGAUAGCAGAAGAAGAGACAGGGUGUUAUGGUAAUCUGUCUCUGGCCGAUGACAAAGAUGAAGGGGCGAUCAACACUAGAAGAUGUUAUUACAUACACAGUGGUGAUCAACCACAGGCAACGUAUUUCUCUCUCAACGAGACAACUGGAACCCUAUGUCUAAAUCAAAAACUGGACAGGGAAGAAAAGGACUUAAUAAACCUGAUUAUCAAGGUAUCAAAGGAUUGUUCUCUGAAUGAGUCCUCUCAGAACCCAUUCCAUCCACCGUUCAACCAAAGUGACACCUCUCUCCUCCACGUCGAGGUCCAUGUUGAAGACAUCAAUGACAACCCACCAGUGUUCCAAGAUGGAGGAGAACUUUCUACGGGCAUUUUGUAUGACGUCAACAAAGAGGAGUUUGUGUACGAUCUGAAGAUUGACGUCACAGACAAAGACAUAGGCUCUAACGCCAUAACACAUUUCCGGGACAAAGGCCAAAACGUUCAUGGUAUUAGUGACCUGGAAACCACGAAGCCAUUUAUAGUCGGCAUCAACGGCACCGUCGUCACAGACACGCUGUUUUCUUCAUCCAUGCUGGGUCACGUGGAGAUUGCAGUACAAGCGUACGAUGAAGGUGAUAAACACACUGCUGAUGCCACACUGAAGGUGUACAUCAUUAGCAACGUCCAGAGGGUGAAGAUAAUAUUCCACUCACUGCCAGAUGAGGUGCAGAACAUAAAAUCUAUAUUCAUAAGUGAGCUGGAGCAACUGUUGAAGUACAGGGUCAUUGUGGACAAGAUAGCAACACACGAGAAUCCUGAUAAGACAACAGAUGAUACGAAGACCGACAUGUUCGUCCAUGCUCUGUACAAUGCCACGGGGGAGGUCGUUCCAGCCACGGAACUGUGGAGGGCAUUUGACUUCACUGUUGGUGUGGCAGAGUUAUUUCAACGGUACAAGGUUACGGAGUCACAGCCUGUUGUGGAUCAACUGGAAGCCGACGACACGUUGACAAGGACGUUGACAAUGACCCUGAUUCUCGUUGCCGUCAUCCUUACGCUGAUUGCCAUAUCUCUUGCUGUUUCCCUAUACUGCAUCAGAGGGAAGUACAUCCGGCGGCUACGCGCUGAAACCACAGCAGUCAGUGUUAAUCACAUAGAAAAGGAAGCUCCGCCCCCAGGGACGAACCUAUACACGGCGUCAAAUCCUGUGUUCAUGAAGGAAGGCCUGACGAAACCUCAGUAUGAACCAGAAAGUGACGAUGACAGCCUGGACAACAACGAAGUUGACAACGACGGGCCUGCUAAUAUAGAGACUGUUGACGAGCAGGAGGUGACGAUGAGGAUAGACGAAUAUGACGCCAUGAGGACCAUGAUACGGAACCCUGCCUUGGACGAUGUGCUGAGACAUCAUGCGGACAUGGAGAAGACGAGGGCGAAGGAGGACAAGCAGUCUCUCAUUGACGAUGAUGGCAGUGACGCCGACAGCGGCACCUACACGUCCAUACAAGGCCUCCAACAGUCAGACAUCUAGAUCAUAUUUGCCUUUAGCAGUCAAACAUCUAGUCUCGAUGUCAUUUGCCUAUAACAGUCGUACAUCUAACAAAAAUAGUAUUUGCUUAUUAACGUCAGCCUUCUGGACAUGAUGGUAUUGGUUUACAACGGUCAAGACUCUAGAUGUUAUUUUGAAGAUCUACUGAACAAAAUUAUGACUAUAAUUCCAACAUUCAAAACGACAAUCACAGGAAUUCCAUCAUGGUCAGUACUCCACGAGUGAUAUAAACACUACAGUCCUUCAUCACCCGGGACGCCGAAGACCCGGGUUCGAUUCCCGACAUGGGUACAAUAUGUGAAGCCUAUUUCUAGUGUGCCCCGCCGUGAUAUUGCUGGAAUAUUGCUAAAAGCGGCGUAAAACCAUACCCACUCACUCACUCAUCACCCGGGAAUAAAUAUAGCUGCUAUGCUGUGUCGCUGUUGUGUUAAAACAACGGACCGAGCACAUCUUUCUUACUUGAUGACGUGUACUACACAGCUACAACCUUGUGGCUGUAUCCUCAACACGUCGCUGUAAUGUCAUACAAUGACAGGGUUUGCACAACGCUCAACACGUUGCUGUAAUGUCAUACAAUGACAGGGUUUGCACAACACUCAACACGUUGCCGUAAUGUCAUACAAUGACAGGGUUUGCACAACGCUCAACACGUUGCUGUAAUGUCAUACAAUGACAGGGUUUGCACAACGCUCAACACGUUACCGUAAUAUAAUACAAUGACAGGGUUUGCACAACGUUCACACACAGCUAGGAGGGUUCAGGCGACGACCCUAAUGUACACCCGGCACCAUUUCAUUAGCUGUUAUAAUAAACCCACUGCCACUUUUGGAUAUUGUAAUGUAGAUAACUCGUAAAAACCUCCUGGUUUUUUUUUUACUUUUCGCUAGUAAGACCUGAUGAUUUGAGCAGCAGAUGGAAUUUGGACUCAGUAUUUCAAACAUCCAAAGUUAUAAAGUCUAUCACAAGAAGUGAAACUUUUCCAUUAUGGAUGACGGGAAUCGAACCUGCAACCCACUGUUUUCCCACUGAGCCACUGGGGCAGGCGAUGAGAGAUUGUUCAAUUUUAGAUGUCAUGACUUGGUUUUGUCUAUGCUGAACGUGUUCUUUCUCUCGCACGCUUUGAUCGCAUUCAUUUUAUACCGCGACACACUGUUUCACUCUAAGAUAUCUUUAAGAUUAAGCACUCCUCCUCAGUAAUGGCCGAGGAAGUAAGACAAUCGGGUAUCGGGUAUCGGCAGUGUACCCUCUUGCCUCGGUCUUACUUCCUCGACCAUAAUCUCGUCGUGCUUUAUCCUUCACAUAAUUAGACACACGUAAACACUUCACCGCUGAGGGCCAUGUGUAUUCCCGGAGCAACGUAGUGCAUACAAACAUGUAAAGUAUUGGCGAUGGAAAUUCACGGACGAAGACACAUACAAAUGUAUGAUCUGAUAUUGAUCUUGCGUUUUAUAAUUACUCGUCUCAGCCCUUGACCAAAGUUUGCGAAAACUGCUUAAUACAAUUUAUCUAUCAUAUUAAGUCAGGUGAUGUUUUCUAGAUCCUUCUUAUUGUGUUAUGACACAAGCGAUGCAUACCUGCCUCAUGGAAAUGAAUUAAACGGCCUGUUGCUAUAGUUUACACGAUACAAUCGACAGGGAAAAGGAUAAAACAUGUGCAACUUGAGAUGUAAAUCAUCACGUAACACGCAGUUAUCUGACAAAACGACAGAUGUGACAAAAGGAUAUGUGGAAAACAUAUUCUUAAAGAAUACGGCUUACCGAAUGCUUAUUGCGUAAUAACACAUACACGAGUAACUUAUCGGAGACCGCUUGACAGGCCAAGCUGAACGACGGAUUGACUGCAAGCAGCUUUCUUCAUCUUGGGAGGAUGCAGAUCAUGGCACGCAGUGCCACACAUGUACUGUUAUUCUGUUUUUAAUUUGCUUGUAUCUAUUCAGAUUUUCUCCUGUCCCUUUUAUACAACUGAGUGUUUUUAUAUUAGUAUUUUGUUUAAUUUUUGUUACGACAUUAGAAAAUGCAUUUUGUUACUGUAUGCAACUGACUUUGUAUCGAUUUCGGCCUCGCUUGUAUUACAUGGGGCGGGAAUAGUUAUGAAAUCUCAUGAAAACACGUUGAACUUAAUAAUGAACCAUUCCCCCGAAUGUCGCCCCGGUGGAAUUGCGAUUUCCCCUUCAUCUGUAGUUAUUGAAGAUUGCUUUACAGUGUUUAGACAACUUGAUUUCAAGUCUUUCAAAGGUAUUAAGAAUUGACUCACAUAAGGAAGAGAAUUUAUGGAUGUCAACUUCUUUAUUAUGAGGAACACAAGGUUUCGGAGCAUAUACUACUCCUCAUCAUAAAGUACCUUCCCUAAGCUUGAUUCCGAUGUUUAAUAUUUUAAACCAAGAAAUCCAUUUCCCUGUAAAUGUUCUUAUGUAAUCAUCCAAUAUGCCGGACAUCACGUGUCGUCAUAGCAAGAGCAUCUACUUGAUUUGUCGGACACGUAUAAAAUGGUAAUGAAAUAUUGAUGGCGGUUCGUAUCUCAUCUAAGUGAGAUAACAUUAAAAAGAUUGUUUGUGUUCUAAAUGCAAAUUUAGAUUCAUUAUGUUACACGAUAGGACACAUGUAUAUGAUUUUAUACAAAACGUUGAUAUUGACUGACGUUACAACGAAUGAAUACGUUUAUGUACUAUGGGAGAACUGGUAUCGUCAUCGUUGCUCAGGUAUAUGUAUCUAAAAACUGAAUUCACUUGGACAACAUCUCACUAUUGAACAUAAUUCUGUGAUCAGUCAGAUUUGAUCAGGACAAGAGAAGAAAGGAACACUAGCAUCCAUGGCACGUAACGUUGAAACCCUGAAACACUUGAGCUUUUAGCACUAAUUGUUUGAUAGGCAUUACCUAGAAAUUGACGGAUGACUAAGUAGAGUUAAUUUAUGGAUAACAACUUUAUUUACUGUAAAGGCAACGUUUCGGUGUAGAUCCGUAUACCGUUGUCAAGCAAAGGAUCUAUACCGGGACGUCGCCUUUACAGUAAAUAAAGAAGUUGUUAUCCAUAUAUUAUCUCUACUUUGUAAAGAGUGUUAGUCAAAUAGCCUACAUCCCUUUUCUUGAAUCCUGCCUACCGAUCGAUUUGUUGAGUUAAAUGUGUAUAUGUUUCUGUUUCAUUUAGUCAAUCAGACGUGUACUAUCCAGUUAAUAGUGAUGUAUUCACGAGUAUUAUGUGUACAUGUAUAGUAAUGUCUGAGGCACAAUAAAACGGAACCAAAAUGCCUAUUAAAACAAUUUGGUUGUGUUGUAGGUCCACUCCUAUGUGGACACGGUUUUUCAAGAUAUUCUAUUUUAUGUAAGUCAAACAUGUUUGUAUGACAGCCAAUCUUAUAGUUUCAUACCAGUUAUGCGUAUGGAACCUCGUAUCAAUAUUUGUGGAUGUUAUUCAGCCCGUGGUAGAAAGUAAUAUCUAUGUUAGAAACGAAAGCAUUAGACGAUAGCAUUAUUUCUGACAGUAGGUAAUUACGGGGUGAUUUUCAAAAUGAAUCGCAAAGGUUAACCCAGAAAUCAGUUUGCACAGAGCUAACUUGUAAAGUCGGUAAGUGUCCACAAGAUUAAUGAAUGAUCAACAAAUUAUAUUCAAACACUCACUUUCUGGCCUCGAAUCGCCAUCCUCUCAUUUCUAUAUACAGCCAGCCAUCACGAAACUUCUCGAACGAUCAAACCUGUUAUGUUGGUUAACAACAACCAGGGGCAGACAACUGUAAUCACUUCCUGCCGCCGACAUCACUCGACAUAUUACUUGCUCUUCAAUCAUUCUGUUGCCACUGACAAUCACUACAAAUCUAUCCACAACGGUCUCUACUGUCACAUAACAUGGUAUGAACUCGAAUGUUUAAUAAUCUCCCUUAGAAGCAGCGUUGCGCGUUACAAAAAACGGGGGUUGGGAAGUGUGUUAGACUUCUGUCUGUCAAGGAAACACAAACAGGGGAAAAUGCAUAAUUAACUAUCACGUAUGAUCAUAAGAUGCUUGGCUGGGACAUCUGCCACUCUUGUACAUAAAACAUGAGUACCAGACAAAGGUUUCAUCAAUAUUAAAGAAAUCGUAGACAGAACACGAAAUAUGUCAAUGGUGAUUCACAGCUGUCCGUUUCAUGUAAGAUAUAUACACGUUUAUUUUGUCAUCAUCAUUCCAUAAGUUAAGUUGUUUUAAAAUCCCAAGUACUCAAGUACAGCUACCAUAUGUAUUGAUGCAGUUUGAACAAGUGAAUGGUACAAUGCAUUUUAAAUUUAGAUUCAUGAUGAGGAUUAAACUGAAGUUAAUUUAAGUGUGACAUAAUCAGAUUGUCAGAUACGACAUAUAUACUCUUGUUGAAUUGCUUUUGGUGUGUGUAAAGUGAGGCUAUGUGGACUUGUUUUAUUUAUUUAUGAAAAUAUGGUUGACACUUUCAAUUGAAAUGUAUUAUUCUGUGAAAUGAAUUGUUACUUGCAACUGUUAUUAUUAUCAUCGAUGUUGAUUAAAUGAAAGUGAUGAAA